GUGAACCGGCCGCGAUCAUUAUUUGUCAUCUCAGGGUAAACUUAAUUUCUAUUGUUGCAACACUGACUUCCGGUUUUUCAGUACUGUUUUCCAUUCACCAAUCAAACCAUUGCAACAAAGUGCAUUGACCAACCUGCUGCUGCUGCCGACUCCAGCAGAGCAGCGAGUAAGUUGGUCCAUCAGUUGUAUAGAUGGCUGCUUCCGCGUCCGCGUCAUGUCUUUGACUGCCAUCGCGAUGCGAUUCAAGUUAUUUGCCACUCGUUCAACUAAAAUGGCGUCGUCGGUGUUUAUCAAUUAGUAACUGGUUCUAAGUGAAUGUUCGUCAGUGAAUACAUCCCGAGUGACUCAUAAACCAACAUAGCAAUGACACUUUUAUAGCACAGUGAGAUACGUUUCUAAAACGUUGUGUGUGGAACACUUGCAAGUGUGUUAUAAACUAUAACAAUGCGCGAAUUCAAAGUGGUCGUGCUGGGCUCGGGUGGGGUCGGCAAAAGUGCUCUGACUGUACAGUUUGUGUCCGGAUGUUUCAUGGAAAAAUAUGAUCCCACGAUAGAAGACUUCUAUAGAAAAGAGAUCGAAGUGGAUAAUUCACCGUGUGUUUUAGAAAUACUGGAUACCGCCGGCACAGAGCAAUUCGCUUCUAUGCGGGAUCUGUAUAUAAAAAACGGACAAGGCUUUGUGGUAGUAUAUUCGUUAACGAAUCAUCAAACGUUCCAAGAUAUCAAACCGAUGAAGGAAUUGAUAACGCGCGUAAAGGGCUCGGAGCGUGUUCCUAUACUCUUGGUGGGCAAUAAGGUGGACCUGGAGCACCAGCGUGAGGUGGCGCAAACCGAGGGCGCCGCGCUCGCGCAGAUGUGGGGCUGCCCCUUCGUCGAGGCCUCCGCCAAGAGCCGCACCAACGUCAACGAAAUGUUUGCCGAAAUAGUGCGUGAAAUGAACGUUAGUCCUGAAAAGGAAAAGAAAACUUAUUGUUGUUGUACAGUGCUUUAAUAUAUAGGGUGUAAUGUGGCAUUUAUUUCUCGUAAGACUGCAAGGGUGAGGCGGGAGAGUGCCUGUCCCAGACUCGGCCGCGAGCCAGCUGGGGCGCGAGCGCGCCGGCCCGGUUCUCGGCCUGGGCCUGGUCUCGACCUCUUCCUCGGCGCCUAGACUCUCGGCGGCCGCGACGCGCGUCAUAUCACGUUGUUAAUAUCUUUGAUACAUACCAUUGUCCAAUCGAGGUGCUUUAUCUUAUAUUUUCAUACUUUAGUACUGGUAGAUACUCCCGCAGUAACCAUUUCCAUACAAAAUGAACAAAUAUGUUAUUGGAGUAAACUUAAAUACAAGCAGCAUCAUUAACUGCUUUGUUUUGUUCAUCAAAACAGAUGCAAGUGGAAGCUGCAUCAAUCUAAGUUGUAAUGUAAAGUAAUAUUAGUCAACUUUGUAUAUAAUUUCAUGAGAUUAAUGUUGGAGAAAGACAGUCUAGGAGUUAAAAACCAUCCAAAUAUGCAAUAAAGUUAUGAUUGUGUAGAGUGGAGUGUGAUGAGCAACGGUAUACACUUAAGUAAUGUCGCAGAAUUGUGUUUUAUUGUGUAAAUUGUUUAUAUGCGAAAUCAGUAAUCAAGGAAAUACAGUAAGAAUUGUCAGUUGCGUGAUUGUGUUUUAAAAGUCUACCAGGAUUUGUGAUAAUACAUAUAACAAAGUAU